AUGAAUGGCGACAGCUCCAGCACUACCAAUACGAAGCCGUUGCCUUAUGGCGAUGGGUCCAAUAAAAUAUUUGGCAUGGAAAAUUUCGGUAAUACGUGUUAUUGCAAUUCUAUAUUACAGUGCUUGUUUUAUACGGAGAACUUCCGUACACAAUUGGCUCAACACAAAAUUACAGUGCAUGAUAGGAAACUUUCAGUUACCGGCGUAAAACCGCAUGGGUUCACGACUAAAUAUGAGCAGAUGGUGGCUAAGAGAGCAAAAGAACAAGGAAAGAGCCCCCAACUACUGGCCGCUAGCGAAACUACCGAAAGACCCAAGUCUUCAAGGAAAGGAUCCAUAUUUGGCAUUAAGUUUAAUUCGAAUAGUUCUAAUAGCAACAAUAAUUCGAAAAAUAUGAAUGGUUCUAACGAAUCUGACAUCAAUAAAAAUUCCAUGAUAGUUGAGGCCAAAAACUGUGAAACGCUUUCAACUCAACAACGCAUAUUAAUCAAGAAAAACAUAGAUUUUCAAAACCUUCCGUUAUUAAUAACGAGAUCUUCAUCUAACCCAGCGAAUCCGGCGAAUAAAAAUAGCUAUUCGCAAUCAUCUUCAAUGUUGUUAAAUAAUGAUCAAACCAACGCAAAUGGAAAUAACAGCACUCAAAAUGGAACUCAAAAGGAUGAAACAUCAAUCACACCACAAUCAUGUGUAGUAAUAGUCGGUAUUCCUCAACCAGAAUCGUAUUUAAGUAGCCAGAUUUACCCUAUUAAUCCUAACCCGUCAAUAGACCAAAGAAAACGAUCGGCAUUAAUCAAUGGACCAAUAAUCAAUUUAGAUCAUUCGUUACAACUCCCAACUCAACAAUCAGAUGAUUCGGCUCUAUUGUAUUCUUUGAAAGAUAUCUUCGAGUGUAUGAUAGAAAAUAAAUCGCAAACAGGGGUUGUUUCUCCAACAUACUUCAUUAACAAAUUAAAAGAUAAGAACUACUUGUUCAGACAAAAUAACAUGCACCAUGAUGCUCACGAAUUCUUUAAUUAUUUAAUUAAUGAGAUAAUUGAAUGCUUAGAUAAAGAAAAUGGGCUUCAAAAUAACUGGUGUAAUAAAUUAUUUCAAGGGCUAAUUACGAAUGAAACUAAAUGUUUAUCCUGUGAAACAGUGACAUCUAAAGAAGAAACAUUUUUGGAUUUAUCAGUAGAUGUUCCACCAGGUGAAAGUUCAUAUUCGUUAACCUAUUCAUUAAAUAAUUUUUCAAGACUGGAAACAUUAACACAUCAAAAUAAAUUUUAUUGCAAUACGUGCUCUUCGUUACAAGAAGCAACCAAGACUAUUAAAUUAAAAGAUCUCCCUGAGAUUUUGGUGAUUAAUUUCAAGAGAUUCAAAUAUGAUGAAAAUGUUGAUAAGAUGGUUAAGUUGUUCGAUUCAAUAUCAUAUCCUUCUACAUUAAGACUAUUCAAUACGACGACAACUUCUAAGAAAAAUGAGGAUAAGUCAGAGGAUGACUUUUCCCUUUAUGAUCUAUAUGCUUUGGUUGUUCACAUAGGUGGUGGCCCAAUGCAUGGUCAUUACAUUUCGUUGUGUAAGAUUAAGGCAAAAUUGUGGUUAUUAUUCGACGAUGAAACCGUUGAAUUAGUAGAUGAUGCAUAUGUGAUGCGUUUUUUUGGUAAUGGGCCGGGGUUAGCAAGUGCGUACAUUCUAUUUUAUCAAAAGUGUGAUACAACUGAUGAUUCAGAAGAUGCUAUUGAUUUUGGCUUCAAUGUUAAUGACAUGUACGACGGUGGAGAUUAUUCCUUAGCACAAAAUUUCCGUAAUACUUCAGUCUAUGAUAACUCAAGUAUUUCUACCACCUCUGUAAGGAAAACAUCUUCUGUGUCAUCGGCAAAGUUUAAUAAUCCAGUAGUAGAAGAAGCAGACAAUGAUAACGAGAGAUCAUCUACUAGAUCCUCGUCUGAAACGUUCGAAACUAAGGACUAUAUUCCACUGGGUACGUCAUCUGAUGCUGGAUCAUUCUCCAAGAGACAAUUUAUGAAUCCUUUCAAAGAUUCCACAUUAAAGGAAUCUAGCGAAACUCGCCCUACAGGCAUUAAUUUGCCUGCUCCGAAUAAAAGUCUCUCUGAGAACGAGAAAGAAACUCCUACACCUAAAUCAGAGAAAAAAAGCUGGGUUGGUGGCUUAAAAAGAAGAGAAUCAAAAUUGAUAAGUACAUUACCAGGAAUAGAGAGAAAAUCAUCUUCGGCUAGCAUGAAGACCAUUUCAAGUCAAAAGGGCAACGGUAACGCUAAUAGCAACGGUAGCGGAAACAAUGAUUCGUUGGAAAAUACAAAUACAACUGAAAAAGAGAAGAAAAAAGGAUUCUUCAGCUUUAGAAGAAACAAAUAA